GGAAAGGGGAUGAAUGUUAAUUUCAAAGAUGGCGGCGGAGGGAGGAGGGAAGGAGAUGAACGAAAUUAAAACUCAGUUCACAACUCGGGAAGGCGUCUACAAACUCCUCACUCACUCCGAGUACAGCCGUCCCAACCGGGUGCCUUUCAACUCGCAGGGCUCGAACCCCGUCAAGGUCUCCUUCGUCAACGUCAACGACCAGUCGGGCAACGGCGACAGGAUCUGUUUCAAUGUGGGCCGUGAGCUGUACUUCUACAUCUACAAAGGCGUCAGAAAGGCUGCCGACCUCAGCAAGCCCAUAGACAAGCGCAUCUACAAGGGAACGCAGCCCACCUGUCACGACUUCAAUCACCUCACAGCCACGGCAGAGAGUGUCUCCUUGCUAGUGGGGUUUUCAGCGGGCCAGGUACAGCUCAUCGACCCCAUCAAGAAGGAGACCAGCAAGCUCUUCAAUGAGGAGAGACUAAUAGACAAGUCCAGAGUGACGUGUGUGAAAUGGGUACCAGGCUCUGAAAGCCUGUUUCUUGUCUCUCAUGCAAGUGGGAAUAUGUACCUGUACAACGUGGAGCACACCUGUGGCACCACAGCACCUCACUACCAACUGCUUAAACAGGGAGAGAACUACUCGGUUCAUACUUGUAAGAGUAAAUCCACUAGGAACCCUCUCCUGAAAUGGACAGUGGGGGAGGGUGCCCUGAACGAGUUUGCCUUCUCUCCAGACGGGAAGUUCCUAGCCUGUGUUAGCCAAGAUGGAUUCCUACGGGUUUUCAACUUUGACGCGGUCGAGCUUCACGGCACCAUGAAGAGCUACUUCGGUGGCUUGUUGUGCGUUUGCUGGAGCCCGGAUGGAAAGUACAUAGUUGCGGGCGGAGAGGACGAUCUAGUGACUGUGUGGUCGUUCUUGGACUGCAGAGUCAUCGCCCGAGGUCACGGGCACAAGUCGUGGGUGAGCGUGGUGGCGUUCGACCAUUACACCACCAGCGUAGAGGAGAGCGACCCGAUGGAGUUCAGCGGCAGCGAUGAGGACUUCCAGGAUCAGAUGAUCCACUUUGGGCGAGACCGGGCCAACAGCACGCAGUCUCGACUCUCCAAGCGCAACUCCACCGACAGCCGGCCUGUUAGCGUCACGUACCGCUUUGGCUCAGUGGGUCAGGACACUCAGCUGUGCCUAUGGGACCUCACCGAGGACAUCCUUUUCCCUCAUCUUCCGCUCUCACGGACACGAACACAUACUAAUGUGAUGAAUGCUACAAGCCCCCCAGCGGGUGCUACAAUAAUCACUAACACUUCUAGUAACACUACUAAUGGAAACAACAGCGGUGCUAAUACUCCUGGCGUAAACUCCGUCUCGACAACGUUGCCACGCUCCAACAGCCUACCCCAUUCAGCCGCCACCACCACGGCAACAGCAAACAAUACCAACAAGGCCGGCAGUGGCGGCGGCGGCGGCAUCAGCAGUGGUAUCAUGGACAGCGCCAUCGCUACGGGCGUCAGUAAGUUUGCUACACUGUCGCUUCACGAUCGGAAAGAGCGCCACCACGAGAAGGACCACAAACGCAACCACAGCAUGGGGCACAUCAGCAGCAAGAGCAGCGACAAGCUCAACCUGCUGACAAAAACCAAAUCGGACCCUGCCAAGACUCUUGGCACUCUGCUGUGCCCACGCAUGGAGGAUGUGCCCCUCCUCGAGCCCCUCAUCUGUAAAAAGAUAGCACACGAGAGACUGACUGUACUCAUAUUUUUAGAGGACUGUUUAGUGACUGCUUGUCAGGAGGGAUUUAUUUGCACAUGGGCGAGGCCAGGCAAAGUGGGUUUAUUGUCAUCCCAAAACCAAGCCAGCUCUCCCAGUGGAACAGUAGUAUAGCCACAAUAUUUCUGCUGCUAAAGAACCCUGCAACCCAGAGUCUGAUGCUGCUCUUCACCCUGCAAGCAUUGCAAGUUUUCCUUUUUUCUUUUACACCCCUCCCUCCCUCCCUCCCUGAUUUUUUUGUUAAUGGCUUUUGUGUUUUUUCGUUUUAUAUCACUCACUUGACCUAGAGGAGGAAUGAAGCAAGAAAAGGCGUGCAAUUGUGGAAUAAUGUGCUACUAUGUUCUCUGGAGUUUUUUUUUUUUUAAAACACAUUUUAGAUUUUAAAAAAAAUCUUUCUUUCAUGUCGACGCUCAUCAGACUGUGACCCCUCUGGAAAUAAAGCUUGGCUUUGUUAGAUGCAAACCGUACAAUUGUGGCUUGAGAUUAAAGGGAUAGUUCAUUUAAUGUUCAUAAUCUUUGUGGUAGCGCGGUUACUCGCCAAUGGUUGGUGACUCAAAUUUGAAUUUUAGAUGAACUAUCCGUUUAGUAAUCAAGCGCGUUGGCAUCUGAAAAUUGUUGCAUCCAUCCACAUUAACCCAGCUGUCUUUUCUUCUUAGAAUCUCCCCAUCUCAACGACUUUGCACUGAUUUUGUUAUUUUGUUGUUUGUUUUUUAAAAACCUCUCUAGCGGAACAAAAAAAAAAAAAGAAGAGGGUUGAGGACUGCCUUGUUGCACUCGGCUUUAACAUCCUCAGUCUUGAAAUCUGAUUCUAUAAAGCUGGAUGCUGCAAUCAUAGUCUUUUUAAAGAAAGAAGAAAUUUUGCACUUAAAUUAGUUUUAUUAGAGGAAAUGGCUUUACAUUGUUGGGUGUGCUCAGAACUCACAGAUGGCUAAUACAGUAGGUGAAGAAAAAGAUAAAAAAAAAACAAAAAAACAACAACUAUUAAAACCUUUAUCUAUUGAGCAUUUAUUUUAAUAUUAUUUCAGAUUCAGAUCUGCUCUGUACCAUAAUGUGUAUAUUGUAAUUAAUUGAUUUGUUGGGGGCCUAAGCAAACUACCAUUACUCCAGUGGAAGGUUUGUCAUUAAUAGUUAUAUUUCUAAAGCCUAAAGUAUACAUAUUAAUAAUAUUAAAAUAAUCUUGAAUACA